AAAAAAACAACAAAAAUAAAAAUAAAAAAUCAAGCAUGAGGUUGGUGACAGAUAAACUCCUCUGAUAAAUAUUUAAAAAUUGAAAGCAUUUCAUAAGGUCACCACCAUUUAACAAAAAAAACUAGAAUUAUAGAACCCAUCACUCUCACCAUGGUGAACCAAUCCAACACCUUCAUCUCCAUCUUAGCCUUAACCACCGCCUUCUUCAUCUUCAUCACCAAUUCAACAGCCAAAGAAACUGUAUACGAUUUACUUCCAAAAUACGGUCUCCCAAGUGGUCUCUUACCUAACUCCGUCACCGACUAUUCGCUCUCCGAUGACGGCCGAUUCGUCGUCGUUUUGGAUAGUAUCUGCUAUAUACAGUUCGAUUACUUGGUUUAUUACGAGAAAAAGAUCACCGGAAAGCUGAGCUAUGGCUCGAUUAGUGAUCUUAAGGGGAUUCAAGUUCAGCGUGUUUUUAUUUGGUUUAACGUGGAUGAAAUUAGGGUUGAUUUGCCUCCUUCCGAUAGUAUUUACUUUCAGGUUGGGAUUAUUAAUAAGAGGCUUAGUCUUAAUCAGUUUAAAACUGUGCGUUCUUGCCGUAACUCGAUUGGAUCUUCUCCUUGUUCUUCCUCUUCAUCACUGCUUCCUGCUCCACUGAAGGAAAUUCCUAUGCUUCUUACAGAGUAGAUGAAGUUUUAUACCGAUAUUUUAUGGCAUGAUGGAGACAUCUUCACCUGCAAGUGUACCUGUAUUGUUAGCUAGCAUAUGAAUCAUGAGUCUGGACUCACAAAUCUCCGAGUCUGGUUGAGUUGUAUUAAAUAUCCUCACGAGACCUUCAUGAACAUAUUAUAUUAUCAUGUACUGUACAUAAGUUCUGAGACUUUAUUUCAUGGGUAUUUUCUAUUUCCAGUUA